GUCUUCUGUUCCACGAGCAAUGCCUCCGAAUCCCAGGCAAAAAUUCCUCCAGAAAGCAAAACGGGACGACUGUGUCUGAGACAGGAAUACUAGCGAGUCGGAUUUCAGAGAGACCUUAUAAAAAGACAGGAAUCUCACAAUUUUCAAGGGAGCAGGUCUACAGAGGAGGGCCAUGCAGUCCUGAGAGCAGACCCUCUCUCAGAUCCCCCCUCUUUCCCCUGAUCUUCAUCCUCCUCUUCAUCGUCCUCGGCCUCACCAUCGGCUCAGUCAUGAACCACACCCCCAGCCCCCACCUGUCCGAGGCCUCCAAGUCGGGGGGUUCAGGCCUGCUGUGUGGCCUGGGACUGGGCCCUGACCGGGGGGUCCGUUCCCCAGACAGCCUGACCCACACCCCCAGCCCCACGGGGGGCACCCCCAGCUCCAGCCCCCCCCUGCUGCUGUCCCCGGGGCUGGGCCUGGGCCUGGGGGAGGCGGGGGGAGACUGGGAGAGCAGAGAGGAGCUGAGGCUGAGGGAGCUGGAGGAGGCCAGGGCUAGGGCGGCCCAGAUGGAGAAGACCAUGAGGUGGUGGUCGGACUGCACCGCUAACUGGAGGGAGAAGUGGAGCAAGGUGCGUUCGGAGCGCAACCGUGCCCGUGACGAGGUGCGCCAGCUCCGCCAGCGGCUGGACGCCAUGACCAAGGAGCUGACGGGCGCACGGCGAGAGCGACAGGAACUGGCCUCCGAGAACGAGACCCUCCGACAGGACGCGCUGCGUCUCCGUGCCGACCAGUCCGCCUCUUCCACCUCCCCCUCCCACGCCCUCCCCGUGCCCUCUUCAAACCCGCCUUCCCCGUCCUCCUCUUCCUCACAGCCCGCUGCGGACAGUAUGCCGGACAGGGUGGGGCUUACGGAGGGGGAGGGGCCUGGCAGGGUGGGGGAGGGGCCUGGCUCGCCGGAACAGGAGCCAGUGAGAGACGUGGGGACAGACAAACUAGACAGACAAAAGGAUUUGGAGUUGUUAGAGUCAGUGUUGCGGUCCAAGGGGGAGGGUCCAGACUCGUGGGACGCCCGCAGCGCCAACAGCCUGCGCUCGCCGCUGAGUCGUCAGGACCGGAGUCGUCUGCUCUGGGACGACAUCAGCACGCUGGAGGAAGACUCCGGCAAGCUCAACGCUCUUCAGCUACGCCUCGACGAGUCACAGAAGGUCCUGCUGAAGGAGCGAGAAGAUAAACAUGCCCUCAUUAAGAACAUAGAGAAGCUGGAGGCAGAGCUGAGCCAGUGGAAGCUCAAAUAUGAAGAGCUAAACAAGACCAAGCAGGAGACCCUUAAACAGGUGAACCUGCUGAAGGAGAUGCACCAGGACGAGCUGGGCCGGAUGUGUGAGGACCUGGAGGAUGAGCUGGGGGCCAGAACCAGCAUGGACAAGAAGCUGGCUGAGCUCCGGGCUGAGAUGGAGCGUCUGCAGGUGGAGAACGCGGCGGAGUGGGGCCGGCGGGAGCGUCUGGAGACGGACAAGCUGGCGCUGGAGCGCGACAAUAAGAAGCUGCGUGCGCAAACCGAGGACCUGGAGGAACAGCUGGCGCGCAAACGCCGCCAGGCCGCCAGCGCCCUCGACACCGACCUCAAGACCAUCCAGACGGAGCUGUUUGAGAGGAACAAGGAGCUGGCAGACAUGCGGCAUGUGCAGGCCAAGCUGAAGAAGCAGUACCAGGAGAAGACAACAGAGCUGGCACACGCCAACCGGCGCGUGGAGCAGCACGAGGCCGAGGUGAAGAAGCUCCGUCUGAGGGUGGAGGAGCUGAAGAAGGAGCUGGGGCAGGCCGAGGACGAGCUGGAUGAGGCCCUCAACCAGACCAGGAAGCUGCAGAGAUCUCUGGAUGAGCAGGUGGAACAGUCAGAGAACCUCCAGGUCCAACUGGAGCACUUGCAGUCCAGACUGCGUCGGCAGCACAACCCAGGUCUGUUUGGGAAGAUGAGGUCGGCUCGCUUCAGCCCCGACCACCCCGACGGCCCGGCCAGUGACCCAGAGGAGGAGGAGGAGGAGCUGCAGAUACAGAUCCCCUGAGACACACACACACAAACACACGCACACACACACACACACUCCUAUUCUCCCUCUUUCUCUCCUCUCCUCCCUUUCCCCUCCAAACACACAGAGCUCUGUCAGAUGUAUUGACAGAUAGGUCUCUCCUCUGUCCAUGACUCCCCACUGCCCAGCUAUCACACUUACCCCUGUUCUCCCUCACCUAUUCUGCCCACUGCUCCUCACCCCCAGCAGCCCCUUGUCUCCCCCCCAUGUCGGAGAGAAUGAGGGUGGGCUGUAGCUCCACCUCAUAGCACACACACACACACAGUCCUACAUACAGACACAAGGGGACCAAGCAGUUUCUACCGGUCAUCACAUAUUUAUGUUAUUGUUAUUGUUCUGUUUUUAUAAUUGAUCUGUACCACAGUGUUUUUGUUUUGUAUUUAGCUUAAAUAAAUGUUACUAAAAUGUUAUAUAAACCUAAUGGUCUAGCUCUUUCUUUAUUAUUGCUUGUCUAAAGCACACACACACACACACAAACUUACAUGGACAAUCUCUCUCUCUCUGUCUCCUUUUCUUUGUAUGUCUCCAUCUCCCUGUCUCUCCCAAUUCUGACACACAGGCUCACGGGAGGGGGAUUGUCUCCAUGGCAGCUCUCUGGAGACUGUGAUGAGAGAGAAUCAGAGCAGUGAUAACUCGUCCUCCUGGCUCUCAGCUCCCUGUUCUAGCCCACACUGGACUCAGGCUUGGCCUCCAGCACACCACUAAUUAUAGCAGUGUCUGUCUGUGUGUGUCUGGCUGUCAGUGUGUGUGUCUGUCAGUGUGUAUAUGUGGAGGGGUGUUUGGAGAGCAUGUGUGUCUGUGCUUCAUUCAGAGACUUAAUGAAUGCUUUACCUGUCUGAUUCAGCUCCAUACAGGUUGGAGUUAGCGGCAUUAAGAUCCCAGACCAGCCAAACACAUCAUUCUCCUAAGACCGGCCUGGCAGCUUUUGGAAUGCUUUUCUUCAGUGUGUUUUCUAGGUGGAUGAAGCCAUGGUCUACAGUAGUUGGUUGGUUCAUUGAUUCACCAUUUGCUUGAAAAUGGCCUCUUCAAAUGACUGAUUCCCCAAUAGUCUCACAAACAUAGCAUGAUGACCAGAGGACAGUAUAUUUGUGGGACAGAGUGGCCUAUUGAAAGAUAAGAUAAGAUCGUUGAGAUAUUUCCUCUGGGGUUGGAUCUACCGAAGGAGUUACUGACUGGUUAAUCGUUUUUAUGUUCCACUCUCCAAUGUACUAUUUGUAUAUGUAUCGUUUAAUGGCGUAUGAGAGCUUGCUCCUUUGUCUCGGGAUACAGUGUGUGUGUGUGUGUAUGAGGGAGAUAGAGAGAGAAAGAAGUACUGUUUAAAACGUAUAGGUCAGGCCUCGCCUCAGAGUCAAGCCUUUGGGCCUGAUCUGGCGGUACUGGAACCAAGGACAGUGCAGGGAGGACCGGGAGAGACAGUCGAAAAAAGAUAGAGAUACACUGAGCCAGUGAAAGAGAAAGGGAGAUCAUUUGGGGAUUACCUUUAGUAUGUUGCAACAGAAAUCUAGCAAUCUAACCUACUGAAAUAUGAAUAAUUAUUCGAGCACAUGAAUAUGAAAAUGGAUGCUGAGGUACUGUAAAGCUUAAGAUUGAUGUGACCAGGGAAAUACAUUUAAAAUUAUAUAUACAUUCUUUUUCAGCCCAUUUUCCAGUGGAGGCUGAUUGCUCAGCCCUGCUAAGGGGCCAAUCAGAGUUCCAGAGGAAAAAAUUGAGGGAGGACAGAAUGAAGUAAGGAGGGGUAUCGACGUUUGAUCACAUUCAUGACACAGUAAAAUGAAAGAAGCCACAUCUCCUAUGCUGAUAGACAUAUGAGAUAGAGAGAGAAAUACCGAUGGAGAGUGGAGAGGAGGGAGAGAAACAGAGAAGGAAAUAGAGGGAAGAUAGAGAGAAACCGAGAUGAACAGGGAAAGAGUGAAUUGCCUGUUUGAAAGAGCGAUGUCUCUAACAUGCUUCUCCCUUAAGCACACACACCUGCACAUUCGCUCAGACAGCCUUCUCCCCUACUCUAAAAGAAACAAAACUCAUACUGUUAAUAUAUUGUGUUAUUUUGUUACACACUAUACUGUUAUAGAUACCAUGCUGUGCUGUAUCGUGAACACUACCAUGUAGUGCUGUACUUGAAUGAGCUACACUACAACAGACUGUACUGUAUCACAUUAAACAUG